AUGACGAACGACGAGGACGAAGACGGGGAUGAAGACAAGACGAUGACGAGGGUAGAAGGAAGAGGAAGACAGAAGAGGGUAGAAGAUACGGGGCACUCCCAUUACGAGGCCUGUAACUUGGUAAUCCGCAUACGCCCAUUGCUCUUUUGCCUGCCUGGGCGAGGGUUGGUUUCUGCCACCUCACGCCGCUUUUUCCCUCCGCGACGCUCGCCUUUUUUCGACUUCAACUUCAACUUCAACUUCACCAACUUCAACUUCAACAUCGCCUGCAUCUCUUUCUCUCUCUCGUUAUUACAACCUGCCAGCUGGCAUCCAGGACUCGAUAGGAUCGAUAGAACGAGCUGCAGCGUUAAGCAGACGGGCUGUUCGCCGACGAGGACUGGUCGACAAUUAGGGUUAGCGUGGAACCGCAAUCAAGGGCCAAGGGCUGUGCUUGCUGCGCAUCAUCUAAACAUAUCUUUUUCGUCUCCUUCUUCCUGGACGGGACGGCACAGCGACUCAAAACGACCAUCUCCCAUCGAUCUCACUCUCUCUCUCUCCCUCUCUCUCUCUCAACCUCCCGCCAGCAUCAAUCACCACAUUCGUUUCGACGACGACGACACCGACUGCAGCGUCAGAAAAGAACACAGACUGAAAACCUUCGCCCGACUGAAGACGGUCCGGCUGGCCUGCGUUGCUGCGGACAAGAAGGUUGAACACUCUCCAGGAACGAUCCAGAUCACGCACCUCUUCGCCCAUGCCUUCGUCGUCAACGCCAACAUCAACGCCAGCAUCACCGCAUCAUCCUCACCAUCACAGCCAGCACGCCCACGGCCGGCCAUUGCCCUCGCAGCCGCCGUCGAUUCCGCCUCCCUCAAGUUUCGCAACCUCCUCCACGUUCUUUCCGUAACACCUAUGAAAUAUGAGAACCCAGGCCUGCUGGACGAGGCGCUCUCCCACGUUCCUCUCGACCGUCUCUACGCAGAGGCAGAGGAAGAGUGUCAGAUUCUGCAGGCAGAGGCGGCAAGCAUGGGUGAGAACGUGAAACCAACCUGGGGCUACCAGGACUGCGUCAUCAAGGCUCUCCUCAGCCGUGGUAGAUGGUUCAAACGCUCGUUCUUCCAGUUCAUCAAUAAUCCCCCUUGCUCGAGAUGCCUCAGACCAACCCUUCUUCAGGGCAUGACACCCCCAACUCCAGACGAAACCGCCCGGGGAGCCACCAGAGUCGAACUCUACAUCUGCUCAGAGCCCUCCUGCGCCAGCCCUGAGCGAUUCCCUCGAUACUCUGACGUAUGGACUCUGCUGCAGUCCAGACGCGGCAGAGUAGGCGAGUGGGCCAAUUGCUUUAGCAUGCUGUGCAGAGCCGUCGGUGGCCGCGUACGUUGGGUCUGGAACUCGGAAGACCAUGUAUGGACCGAAGUUUACUCGGAGCAUCAGAAAAGAUGGAUUCACGUCGACGCCUGCGAAGAGGCUUGGGACAAUCCCCGCCUCUACACAGAAGGCUGGAACCGAAGAAUGGCCUAUUGUAUCGCUUUCUCCAUCGAUGGAGCCACGGAUGUUACCCGUCGCUACGUUCGAAACCCUGCCAAACAUGGCCUCGACCGUUCUCGUGCUCCCGACGAGGUAUUACUCUGGGUCAUCCACGAGAUCAGACGCAUGCGUCGUGAGAACCUUUCCAAGGAAGAACGAAGGCGGUUGGUAAAAGAGGACGAACGUGAAGAGCGUGAGCUUCGUGGAUAUGUCGCCCAGAGCAUCGCAACUGAACUCAGCCGAUUGAAUCCCAACGGUGUCUCGGCGCCGGCUCCCGGUGACGAAGUCAAGGUUCCUGUCUCUGCAGCUGCAACGACAACUGGACAGAGUGGAGUUGAACGGACGGGUCAGCCAAAUCCAGACCCGUCUAGGAGGCAUCGAUGA